CUCGAGGACAGACCUACGAGUACGUCUCGUGCGAGGGUGCGGGCCGCACACGGUUCGCCGAACCUCUGCUACGCUUCGUGCUCGCGGAAGCAUCACAUUUUUUCUUCGUUCCUCGUUUUAACGCGCGCACGCAUGGUAAAAAUACAAGUGUGCUCGGCUCUGUAGAAAGAGGUGGAUUUUCUGAUCGCCUUUUCGAUUUCGUUUAUCUACCGUUUUCGUGAUCUAGCGUCGUGAUAUAAUAGUCGCGAUUAUAAUCGCACUCUGAAUCUGUGAAACAACAACAACAACAACAACGACGACGACGACGACGACGACGACGACGAGUUACCAAUCGGAGGAAUCGGUCGCGCGGCCGCGAAGCACCGCGCCUCGAGGUGGCGCGUUUUCAAAACGAGGAGUUUCGAAUCCCGAGAGAGAUCAAAAUCUGGAAGGAUGAUCCGUGACUAUCUGGUACUGCUCUCGUGGCUAUGCGCAGUGCAAGGAAAAAUAGGGUAUUUCUGGCACAUCACUGACAUCCACUAUGAUCCGAGGUAUUCCACCCAGGCAAACGCGAAUGCGUGCUGGAACACGAGGAACGGCGUGAACAGCGGCCGAAAAACCCCCGGAGAAUUCGGCGACUAUGCCUGCGAUUCGCCGUGGGCUCUGGUGGAAUCAGCGGCGUCGGCGAUGAUGUCUAAUCGCGGCGAAGGAAUCAAGUUCGUCCUCUGGACGGGUGACGCGCUGACGCGCACUACUGGCAUGAACGUCGAGCUUCGUCUGCAGUGUUUGCGGAAUUUGACCGAUCUGUUGUCUCGCACGUUCAAGGAACAAUUUGUGUUUCCGGCUCUCGGACACGACGACAUCGGGGUGAACUUCUCCCAGCUCGCCGAGAUCUGGCAACACUGGCUCCCGCAGGAGGCACUGGACACUUUUAAAACUGCGUCCUCCGGGAUGGUAACUAUCGGCCACAUCAAGCCGGAAAAAGAGUAG